AUGGCGAAGUGUCUGACAAUAGUCGGCGCCCUGCUGAUGGUCACUCAGGCACAGCAAUUUGAUGGCUAUGUCUUCCCCUACGAUAAUUUGGGAUUGAGUGAUCCUUGCGUUGCCGCUCUCAAUAUUACCCUCCCAUGCCCCGCCUGGGUUGCCCGUUAUACCGGACUUGAAGACUCGAGCUUUGAGGUUCUUCCCGCUGAGCAACUGACAGAGUUAUGCGAAAGCAACUGCCGACUCAAUAUGCAACGGGUUCGGCAAAUGAUCAAAGAUUCAUGCACUACUGAUGACGUUGUCAUGCCCUUUGGAUCAAUCGCCUAUCCUGCAACGUUCAUGAUCGACCGCUACAUUUAUUCGGCUGGGCUCUCUUGCCUUACUGACCCGUCUACCAAUGAAUAUUGCGAUACAAUCGUCAGUUCUUGGAUGUCCAAUGGAUCCACAUACUCUUCAGCUCAGAAUUGCUCCGCCUGCGAAUUAAGUAUUCAGAAGUUUCAGCUCGAGUCACCUUUUGGAUACGAUGACGAGGCUGCUAAUUACUUUGCUUCGCUCACUUCUAGCUGUGGUGCCACUGGUUAUGAUUUUGCCACUCCCACGGCAUAUGCACUAAACGCAACUUCAACGGGGACUGGGUCAACUGCGAGUGCUACUUUUUCACCACCCUGUUCAGGUUUCCAUACAGUUAAAGAAGAUGAGUCUUGUGUGACAAUUUCAGAGGCCAAUAGCGUAUCGACAUACAGCCUCAUUACAACUAAUGCCCUUGAUAUGGCUUGCAAUUUACUUUCGGAGGGCAGAAACCUUUGUCUCCCCAGCACUUGCACAACUCAUCAGCUUGAAUUUGGUGAAACAUGCGACUCGCUUACUAGCAGUCUAGGCAUUACAAUGGCUCAACUACUGGCUUGGAAUCCGAUGAUAAACACAGGCUGCUCAAACCUCGCCUCGUGGAGAGGAUGGUACAUCUGUGCCAGUUCUCCAUAUGGUACGAUCACUGUGAACGCAGGGACCGCUGUCACGACAGCUGCACCAGUUCCAACCGAUGCUCAGCCACAAACGAGCACUGACUGUGGGAACUGGCAUAAAGUCAUAACUGACGAGGAUUGCUCUACUAUUUCGCUGAAGUACACGAUAUCCUUGAGCGACUUCUACUUCCUCAAUCCUCAAGUAGACUCAAGUUGUUCCAACCUUUGGGCCAACACUUCAUACUGCGUGAAAGCUGUCGGAAAUAUCGCCACCUACUCAGGUUAUCCAGUGACGACGGCAAGUUACACAUUCACUAAGCUACCCUCAACCACAUACACUCCAACUCCUGUUGCCACUGCCUCACUGCAGCCGACUGCUUCCGGUACUAUCGCGGACUGCUCAUUAUAUCAAAAUGCCUUCGGCAGUAAUGUAGCUAAUGUGACUUCUUUAAAUGCCUGUUAUAUCUGGGCUGUCGUCGCUGGUGUUGCUGUUGAUGAUCUGUUGAGAUGGAACCCGAGUCUCUCACCUGAAAACUGUGUCUUCGAAUCUGAGUACAGCUACUGCAUUAUUUCGGGGGAGACAACGACUUCAACACUGCCGCAUGAGUACUGUUUCGCUCCAAACACCAGCAUCAUUGCGUCGACUUCAGCCCAACCCGCGGACUGCAAUUGUUACAUUCAGAUUAGAGAGGCAGAUAAGAGUAAGGUCAUUCUAUUCUUCAAAUUCGAAGAAGGCGUGCUGAUUGUGCUAGAUGUAUUCAACUGCACAAUGUUCCCCUCACGUUUCAACGUGGACAUGGCAGAUGUGAUUGCUCUCAACCCCUGGAUCGGCGCGGACUGCGAUGGAGUAUGGGACGCUUUAUCAAGUGAUGGAUACGAACAGAUAUGUGUAGAAGGCAACUCGAUGCCGUCUCACUCAUCUAGUUUCUCUACCUCCGGUUCGUCUACUACAGCUACAGCCACCGGCCCUACUGUCACUUCGACAGCUACCUUCCCAAGCCUCCCAGCUAUUUCCCAGCUCCCUAAAUGCGGUCGACUACUGUCACUCCGCCAUUGCGGCGCAUACUACAUAUCCCACUACCGCCCCGGUCGAGACCACGCGCACAACCACCACAUCAUCACCAGCUACUACUACUGGACCAACCGCUAUUACGGACUUGCCUACUUGCGGUCAAACUUGUUUUAA